AUGUCGGAUGCUACGGCUUUUCGGGAAGAACUGAGUUUUCUGGAGUCUGGGACACGUGUGUUACAGGAGCAGUUCAUCGAAAUCGAGUCACUUUGGAGCCAAGUAGGUGCGCUCGAGCGUUGCGUCUGCGACUCCACACUGUAUGUUCGAAAGUGGCUUCGUGAACUCGCAGCGCACUGUCCCGUGGCAGAUGAAGCAACGCUGACAGCGCUCUUCGAGCGCGUUAACGAAGCAGCUCGAGUGUCGUCUGGUGGCUCGGGGACUGCCUCCGCCGUUGCCGUAGGUACAACAGUCCCGAAGGACCCGCGAGACAGCGGGCUGCUAGCAGCACGGAGCGGCCCCGCAGCAAAAGAGUCACUGCGAGAAGCUGGUCAACGCGCUGCAUCCUCGGCGCUCAAAGUGUGCAGCAAGGCGGAGCGUGAUCGGAAAGAAGUUCGUAAGCUCUUGUCGAAGCUGGAGAACCAACGCCUUCGAACGGAUCCGCAGCUGGAAGCGGUGCUAAUGUUGCUGUGGCGGAACCGGCCUGCCGGGCUCUAUGUGCAUGAUCUCAUGCAAGAGACGCGACUCUCGCGAAUGCGUUUGAACACGUUUCUGCACGCCUUGGUGAAGAGUGGCUUGGUACAGAAACAGGCUCGGAAGGGCUUGAUCUAUUCGCUGUGUCGAGAGCACUGCGGCUGA